AUGGAUGAUUUGAAAAAGGAGUUGAGUGAUCUAAGAGAUAGGGAAAGUGAAUAUAUGAUUAAAAUUGAUGAUAUGGAACAUCAAUUAUCAUUAGCACGUGAUGAAAUUGAUGCUGUGUCUCAGGAAAGAAUGGAAUCGUUAGAAAAAAUGACGGAAGAGAUGAACAUCAUGAAAUUUACUUAUGAAUCACAAAUUGAAGGUGUUAAAAAGGAUGUGAUUUCAAAGGACGGACGUGAAACUCGUUUCAAAAAAUUACAAGGUGCUAUUGAAAAAAUUGAAAGCAAGUUGAAUUCAAAUCCGGAAAUAACUCAGAUUUGUACCGAUUUACGAAGGGGCAAUUUACUUCCUCCAAAGAAGAGACGCAAGUCUGCAGCGGAUGGUUCUAAAAAUAUCAAAGAACCAACUACACCACGUUCUCCUACAACAAAGACUCUCAAAAAAGCUACAUCACAAUCUUCUUUAGGUGGAAUGUCACGUGCUAGCGCCGUAACUAGUCCCACACCUUCAGUUUUAUCCAGUGUAAGUGCUUUUAGCGGUAAGGAUGAUCUCAUGGAUUUACAAGAAGAUGACCUCAUUGAUAUUACUAAUGAAGAAUUUGCUGAAAUGAAAGUUAAACUCAUGAAAAGUGAAAAAGAAAAUCAAUCUUCACGUGAGACCAUUGAAAAAUUAGAGGAUGAAUUAAAAUCUUUACAAGAAAUAAAUAUUAACCUUGAAAAGGAACUAGAAACUUUGAAAAAAGAUCACGCUGAAAAAAAAGAACAUUAUGAACAAAAAAUGCGUGAGAUGGAAGAACUUUUAUUGGAACUUCCUUCUGCCGAUUCAACAGAAAACAGUAUGGCCGCCAAUAACAAUCCAAUACCUCCUCAACCUGCACCAAAUUUAAUACAAGAUUUAGAAACUAAGCAAAAAAUUAUUGAAGAAUUAGUGGGUAAAUUAAAAAGAAAGGAAGAACAGUUAGAAUAUUACCAAAAUGCUUACCUUGAAAAAACUGAAGAAUUUGAAGAAUACGUUGAAAAGGUUAAGAAUGCAAACCAAUCAUCUACAAAUGGUGGUACGGCAGUUGUUAAUGCGGGUGCCUCUACUGCACCUAGUGGGACCGAGGUUACACCUAACUUUGACGCUUUUAAAUUUCUUAGUGAUGCUUUAUCUUUUGAUGAUGGAAUUGGAGAUCUUUCUUCUUUACCUAUCACUAGUGAUAUUAUGGGACUUUUUGGAGGUCUUGGUGACAACCAAGAAAUAUCAGUUAUCGAGAAACUUAUUGCUCAACUCGAACGUACUAUUGUUGAAAGAACGAUGCAACUUGGUGCUGCUCACCAACGAGCUAGUGACGCUGAAUCUAAAUUAUUAGCUCUCUCUCGAGAAAAAAUGUCUUGGGGAAGUGGGUAUGAUACCACUGUUAAACAACUAAAGGCACAAGUUGAGUAUUUACAGGAGUUAUUACAGAUGGAAAGAAAGGUAGCGAGGAAAGAAAUGAGUGAUGGAACAAUUUCAGGUAACGAUACAACGAAAUCAUCAAAUGAAUCAAAAGUUGAACAAGUUACAAAGUCAACUCCAGUUUCAACAAUGGAUAUUCAAAAGCUUCGAAGCCAAAUUGAAUCGCUCACCGCUGAAAAUAUUACAUUAAAGGCUGAACUAACCACAUCCGAAGCAAUUAGACAAGCUAUUCACGAAAAUACAUUGACCAUUUUACAACAGACCACCAAAACUAAUCUUGCCACAGAUGAAGAUAUAGCAGGAUUAAGGUGUCAAUCAAUGGAAAAAGAGGCAGAAAUCAAUGUCUGGAAAGGAAGAUGUACUGGUUUAGAAAACGUUGUUGAACGUCAACGUGAGUUACUUACACUCGUUGUACCUUCACUCCCAGAAAAUAAAGCCUUAGAUGGAAAGACACGUGACAUAACAAAAAUUCUUGCGGAUGAUGGAAUUGAUUCUAAAGUAAUUGAAGGUUUAAAUGAAACUGCAAGGAAGCUUGUCCAACAACUUCGGGAGGAGAAUGCAAUUUUGCGACAAACUAUCGUUGCUCGUCAACAAAUAAUAAAUAAAAAGGUUGAGACUCCAUCAGCACCGAUUCCCGUUAAUCCUACUACCACAUCAACAACCGUACAACUUGAGAUUCUUGCAAAACAAAUUUCUGAGAUUGAAACACGUUUCACGAAAAGAGAAAAGGAAUUACAAGAUAUAAUAGUAGAAACAAAACGUCAAGGUGAAUUACAACUUGAGCGAUGGAAAGCAAAAUGGGGAGCCGUAAUUGAUAAGAAAAAUUCUGAAAUAAGAGGUUUUAGAAAUGAAUUAGAAUCUUUAAUGAAAUGUUUGGGGAAAUUGGACUCUGUUAAAGUAAAUGGGAGUGAUAAUGGCGUUAUAUAAUAAAAAGGUACUUUUUUUUUAUUUAGAUUAUUUAGAUUGUAAUAUUUUUAUUUAAAUAGUUAAAACUUGGAAUUUAAUUAUAUCAAAAAUUCCCAUGUAAUGAGGAGAGAGAGGGGAAAAAAUUUUUUUUAUAGUAACUGAAGGCGAUUAUAAUAAUGAUUGCCUUAAAAUUGCCCCAUUCUGCUGUUUCUUUUUUGGAGAUGGAAAUCAGUGAUUAAAUAUGUUGUUAGGUGAGGAUUUAGUUCAUCACUUGUAUGACUUUAAGGGGUUUGAUUCAUAUUUAGGACAAAGCCGAUGUGGAUAGUUUAAAAAAUUUUUUUUUGUAAAAUAUUAAUUGAAAUAUAU